AUGUCAUUAGUUUCUGUUAUGUUUCUCUUAAGUGUCGGUAACUCAAUUCAGAAUGUGAUCCUCUCUGAUAACCAAUUGUAUGAUUGGAAUACUAAACAAAUGAAAUUGGGUGAAAACGAUGAAGGUGUCAAAUGCACUCUUAUUUCGUUUCCAAAUGAUUAUGUGAUUAAUAAAGAUACGACAGAAGAAUUACUUCCAUCAUAUCACACUCUUCAAAUUGUUGGAAAUGUGAUGAAAAGUACAUCAGAGAAAGUUCGAUGUGAAAUUAGUUCUGAAAACUUCCGAUAUAAUUUCUCCUUCUUUAGUUCAACACAAAGUAAUGUUUUCUUUACUAUUAAUAACUCGUCUCAAGUCUCUCAUAUCACUUUCUCAAGUAACGAAACUUUUACGUUAUGUUUACAAAAACUCUUAUUAGACACCAACAAUAUGCCAAGUAUCAGUGAAGAAUGCCCAGAAGAUACUGAAGACUCCUCACACUUAUUAGGAAUUGUAUUUACUCUAUUCCUUCUGCUGUUUUUCUUCUAA